AUGAGGAAAACGUCGAUGGGGAAGCCUCCCCAUCGGGACGACGAGCCCGAACCUGCUUGCGAAAUAACGAGUGAGCUCAAUUCUCUCAUGUCCAUGAUCAAGAUCUCCGCCGAUACCCUCAUCUGCCUGAGAACCGAGUGCGCCACGACCGCCGAUCUCAUCCAACAGGAAAUCCGCACUCUGGAGGUGAACUUCCUCAUUCAAAGCAAUAGCAUUGUUGUUUCACAAGCUGAUGUUCCGAAUGGUUGUGCUAGUUCGUUGUCAAACGUUGUCCCGCGGAGUCCAUCGGGCUCCGCCAGUUCUUGCCAGUCUCCUCAGGGCCAUCCCUGGCAAAUAAUGGGGAAGCUAAUCAAGCUCUUCAGCCGUGUAAUGAUCCUGUGGAAACUAUUGUUCCAACUUGGAACGGAGUUCGAGGAGAGCAAUCGACACGCACUUGGCCUUUGGUUAUCUGUCGUUGGCCUGUCUGAUGAUGUGUGCCAAGGAAUAUGUGCGAGAGUCAGUACGUUGGAGGCCAUGAUGUCUCGGACGGAUUCGGACGUUCGAGCGAGUCUGAAGGAGCUUGGGGCGUCUUCGGAGGACACGCGGCGUCUAGUCGCUGCCCUGAAAAAUCUGCGUCGAUAUACAGAGGUUUCGGUGCACUGUGCCAUCUGCCGUGAAAUGUUCAUCGAGCCGCGUCGGUUUUACCGAUACACUCCAAAGCACGGAACCGCGGGAAUUCGGAACUGUUUGAUUUACCGAGUAGUGAAGGCAGAUUUGUUUUUCACUUUCAUUCACGAAAAAAAGACGCUGGUGCACGGGGAACGUGAGGACGAAGCACCAUUGCAUUGGGAUUCCUGGGACCGGAGUUCGCCGUCUUCAUCAUCGUCGUCGUCAUCUUUGGCUGGCGCUGAUCGGGGACGCCAUUUCCAUCGACGGCAGGAGCUGCCGAGAACGUCGCCUCUGCGUGGGGACGUGCACAGCGACCACAGCCCGCAGAGUCCGCCGGUUUUCUCGCCGUCCGUGCCGGCGGUGUCGGUGUCGUUAUCGCCGAUGCAGAGUCCGACCUUGUUCCAUCCAACUCCUCCGCCUUCGCCGCCUACCAAACUUCGUUCCCGUGUUCCUGGAGAAAGGAAUAAAUUAGGCCAGAGCAACAAGUCAAGGGUGCAUCUGGUUGACAAGUGUGAUCCUGUGCUGGCCAGUCUACCGUGCAACAUGCAACACGUGGUUGUUGAUCCAAAGCUCGACUCGUUUCCUUUGACGAAGUCUAAAUCUCAUGAGUCCCAGCUUGGAAGCAAAAUUGAUGUUUCAGCUGUGAAAGCGACAGAUCCAAGUGGGAGGAAUCGAUUACCAACAGACGGCGGGAUUGACACGUUGGAUGCCGGGAAUGUUUCCUUUACUCCGCCAUUGAAGUCACCGCCUGGGGAACCGUCUGGAGAUGGAGUGACUUCACUUCAAGUGCCAAGGUCUCCUGUCACACCCACGUUUCCAGGGCUUGGCAUUGGUUCCAUGAGUCACGUCAUAAAGCAUCGUUUCACCAAGUCCUUCAGAGUCACAACUUGUGACUAUUGCCAGAAGCAGAUGAUCAUCGGAAUGAGAUGCAAGGAUUGCAAGUACAAGUGCCACAACGACUGCAUGUCAAGUGUGCCACCAUCUUGCGGACUUCCCGAUGGUAUUUUCGACAUCGUGGCCAAAACUGUGACUGGGUCUCCGAUUUUGAACCGUUCUGGGAUGAGUCCUGUGCAUGGAUCUGCCAAUUUGAUUCCAUCUCCAGGAAACGCUUCUUUGUCUAGGAGAAAGAAAAAUAGUGGGCCUCACUCUGUCUCCAUCAGUGCAAUUCAGGGGCCUGAUUCAAGUUCGACCGCGUCGAGCUGCAACAGUUCUACACCUUCUAGUCCAAAUAUCAUCCUCACUGUGAACACGCCUCCGUCAGCGUCCAGACAAAAACAGUUCUUUUUCCCGGGUAAGUUGGAACUGGCAGCUUCGGAAAAAGCAAAUCAACUCAACGGCGUCCUCGCUACAGAUCAUCAAGUUGCAGUGAAGGAACUUGAGAAGGAAGAAUCCGCUUUGACGGUUUCUACGCUGAACUCUGUCAAGCCCAGCAUUUUGGAAAAGACGGAGACUCAAAAGUCUAGCGAUUCGGAAAGAACGAUGUCAGUAUCGGGAACGAAUGGAUCCAGUGGAUCUGUGGAAGGUUCUACCACCGAUUCGGAGAGAACAGUAGCCGUGAGACUCGACUCGCAGGAUUCUCAGACAUCCGAAGGUGGUGUGGAUGAGAAACCGUGGCCCAGGCAAAACAGUGUUUCAUGUCGGGACGAGCAUUGCAAGUUCAGAUACCGGGAUCACCUGGUGAUCCCAAAGGGUUGGCUUUGCUACCUCGCCCCUGAAAUUGUGAGGAACCUCAGGGUGGGCUCUUUGUCUGCUCCCGUCUGUGGACACAAGGAUGGCAAAGAUCCUUGUGCAAUUCCUUUCUCGAAGGAGUCCGACAUGUACGCUUUCGGUACUGUUUGGUUUGAGCUGUUGUGCUGCGAGUUUCCCUUUGCUGGUCAGCCUGCUGAAGCGAUUAUUUGGCAAGUGGGGAAAGGGAUCAAGGACCCCUUGGUAAACCUGCAAUCUUCGCGAGAAGUCAAGGAGGUGUUGAUGGACUGCUGGGCCUACAGACCCCAAGAGCGACCUGAGUUCGCCGCCUUGCUGAAUCGCUUGAAAGACUGGCCGAAAAAGAAACCAGCUCGUAGCCCAUCGUACCCGACACACUUGUCCCGUUCGCACGAGUCGGUUUUCUAAACCAGUGAUGCUAUGGAUCUCACGGACGCUGCAACGAGUCCAUGAGUUGUGGUUUUUGUUUGUUUGUUUUGGCUCGCUAUUUUUGUCUAGUCAGAGGUGGGAAAGGGUUGAUACCCGAAUCCUGUGAUAGGCUUUAGGGACUUCUUGAGGGAUGUAAACUGCAGCUGGCCUUAACUCAGUGGAUUGUGAUUGGCUCACGGGUGUUUGAACUGGGUUAAGCAAGAAAUAAGAAAAAUCUGCGAAAAUUUCGCAAUUCGUCGGUCUAUCCCCGGUGCCUUGAAGGCUUGUUUCCUGUGUCACCACUGGGAGAUAAUUGUCCGGAUUCCCGAAGAAAAAUCGUCUCUUUCAAGCCAUUGCCUCUCCUUCUGGACAGGUUCUGUGGCAUUCCUUAUAAGCUUAUUCUGAACGGUUUUAAGCUUUACAAGGAACUUUCAAGAAUCAAAGUUGAAUUUUAUUUAAAGAGUAGUUUUAAGUGCCAAUGGACCUGACUUCGUUCAUUUUCCACCUGGGAUAGAUUAAGACCAGAAACAGUACACUGCCAGGUAAGGAUCUGGAAUGCUUGAAAAUGUUGUCUGGAGAAAAGUGCCAGGUUUUGCAGAGUCAAUUGUUCUCGUAUGGACUGAACGUACUUUGAAAAGUAAUACUUCGCAGCACGUUUACCUCAGAUUUCUCUUCAUUCAGCUUCGGGAUUUCAAAUUGUAGGAAUGUGUUUGAUGAACCGAGAAAUGCUUUUUCUUUCUCAUUAAUUCGUGAGUACUUCGGAAAUUCCGAAUGAUGGACAUUUUUCUUGCUCUGGAUGCAAUUAGCGUGUAACUGUAGACUCCAUCUCCCGGUAAGGAAUCCGAAGACGUGCGGAAGUUUCAUACGGGAGUCUCUUUUAUCGGAAUUUUUGUAGCUUCCGGUUUGAAAAAAGGAUUGAACUUGUCUAAUAUUGAAAAAGUCAGCCAAUUUUCAGUAACUAAUGCAAUUCCCUGUUCGAAAACUGGAAGAAGUACUGUAUCAACACUGGUUGGUGGCCGUUUGUUUGGGAAUAAGCCUUUUCACGACAGCAGUGGCAUAAAUUACAUCUAGACUUCAGAUCAUACAUACUUUUCACUGCAUUCGUAAGCCACUUUUUUCGAAUUUCGGUUAACUUGUGAAGAGAUUGAACAUCUGUCCUGGAUGCAACCGCAUUAUUUCGAUAGGAGAAUGUUGGUAUCGGGAUACUGUACUGAAAUGACUCAUCAAAACUCGACGCAGUGUAUCAUCUGUACUAAGAUGAAGCUGUGUUUUCUUUGUUUGACGUUGUGUCAACAGUUGGAUUAAGCAGACUUCAAGAAUCCAUCCCUGUCCCAAGCAACUCGGCAUCAUCCUGAAUAUCUUCCCGGUCAUAUGUAGUGUUUGCAUUGAAGCUAUUUCAAAUUUACGAUCACCGAGGAAUAUAUGUGAUAUCUCAGUUUUAAUUGAACUUCACCUUGAUGAAGGAACGGUUAUUUUAAGCCAUGAUUUGAAUUACCGUAUUUCAUGUAACGAAAAUUGAUUUUCAAGAAGUCAUUGUUAUCUGAAUAGGAAAGAACCGCGUGGAAUGAAGUUCUGGAUUUUUUUUUUCGAUUCUCCCAAAACUUUUCAAUGCCGUAAGAGCACUAUUCCAUGGAGUGGACAAAUGUUCACAGUACGCGUUUUCCCUUCGGUAAAAUUAUCUUUAUCGCAAGUACAAUACAGUAGAAAAUAAAUAAGUGAUAACAUGCCACAAGUUCUACCCCAAGACAUGAUUCUGUUGCUAAGCGAUAGUUCCUGUCUGCGAGUGUAUCCAGGGAUUCGGUUUUCUUGAAGUGUCCAGAAAACAUCUAGAAUUGUCUCUUUUUAUUUGUAAAUUGACCGUGAAAACGAACCUGAUCUCAAAUAUUUGCGUGUGGUUGAGUGGCAAACGUGAUUUUGUACUUUCACGUAUUUUUCCGUCACUUCGUCUCUGCGUAAUGUUCGUCCUAUUUUUCAUGUUGCCGGUGUUAGAAGACGGAUUUUGACUUUUUCAGAACCGCUUCCACCACGUUGAUUCCUGUUUGAUGUAACGUUUUUGGAAUUUCCCUGAUCAUUUUCUAAUUUAACUUGAAUGACCGCAGAGUGAUCGAAUGCAUUCGUGGUUUACGAAUUCCAUUGGACAUAUCCUGUUCUCCCAGAACAUAUGAGAGAAACUCUGUUGCAAUAAUUCAAUCAUGUACUCGAGGUGUGACUUUCGCCGUCUGGAUGUAGGGGUCACUCGAUACUCCUGUUUAUCAAGUUACUUUGCUAAAUUUUUUUGAAUAUUGUCCUUGAUACUGGAUACAUUUUUUAGUCGUUUUCUUGAAUCGAAAAUUCAACUCGUAAAUACCAGAGCAAUUACUGCAUUUAAUUGUUUCUAUGAAUUCCAUGAGACAUAUCCUGUUUUUUCCUAACCAUCUGGAUAAGGAAAAAACAGUACAAUGACUGUUCCUUUUCGGAUUUGUGAUUUUGAAUGAAAUACUCCUCUCUCCGAGCACAUGUGUUUUUUUCGAUUGUCGGAAUGUCUCUGAAAUGCAUGUUUCAGUCGUAUCGCCGAAUUGAUGAAAUCUUGAAGAUUUGGAAGUAACUACUAUGUACCUCGUAAUUUUUUUUGCUGAAACCUGAGACGAAAAAAAGCAGCGUUGCAAUAAGCCAAUGAAAAUUUGUUCUCUGAUUAGAGACGUUGUCCUUGACGUGUGGAUGAAGGUCUUAAUUUCUUGAACGCUUGUGUUGUCAAGUAAAUUUGAUGCUUGUGUCGGAAUUGGUUCAUGCAUCGGAUUAUCGUUCUUGUCGUUCCCAUUGAUUGAUGGAAUCCCGAAUGACGACCAGGCGAUUUUGCGUUAUUACAAUACCGUAUUUUCACAGAUUUCAUAAGACAUAUCCUGUUUCCCCUAAAUUUUUGGGACGAACUCCGUUGCAAUAACUUGAAUAUGUAGAGAUGUGACUUCGAUGAAAUAUUUUCCUGGUUACCCGUGUGCUUAUCGAGUGAUUUUGCUGCAUCAUUUUGAAAUUGUUCAAUGCAUCGAAUCCAUGUUGUUAUCGUUUUCCUAAAAUGAAGAGCUUAACCCGAAUAAUUUUUGAGCAAUUACCAAAUUGUAUCACGCUUUUACGGAUUGCGUAUGAUAACUUCGUCGCAACAGCUGCUGUUUUUAAAUGUUUUGUGUUGCAGAGGUGCGAAUUCCAGCGUCUGGAUGAAGUGAUAAUUUCCUUGAAUAUUCGUAUGUUCAUGGAGUGAUUUUGCUAUCUUUUUUCCGAUCAGAUUUUGAAUCAGUGUUUCGUUCGUAUCUCGAAGAACUUAGCUGAGUGACUACAGAGCAAUUACCACGUUAAGAAUUUUCAAUGCAUAUCCUGUACUCAUUAAUUAAACACCUGGGACAAGAAAAACAACGAAGAAAAACCACCGCGAUGAUUGUUCGUUUUUGAAUUUAAUGUUUGUUAAAGACGUGACUUCCGACAUUUGGAUGAAAUCGGUAUUCUUUUCCGCGAACGCAUGUGUUUAUCGAGUCAUUUUGCUACAUUUUUUCUUAUCAGAUCGUCCCUGAUAUUGAUCGAUGUUGUCAUUAUCCCCGAAUUGAAGAAGCGAUGCUUGAGCUGGAUAAUCGAGUUCGAAAAUGGGGUUCUGUCUUUUUGGAGUUAUGGCUUUUUAAAGCAUGUGGUUGCCGAGGCAUUUCUUUGCGAACUUGCAAUUUGCAAAGCAGCAGCUGGGAGUUUUGGAAAAAAAGUUUGUGAUCCAGAGGUGGGGGAUUGUUGGGAAGGUAUGCGAGAAGGUAUAGUUUUUGGAGGGUUAGGAAAUGCACCGGGUAGGCUAGGGAGCUGAAGCGUCUGUGAUGUUUUUUGUGGGUUUCCGAAGGUUUUAUCUGGCAGGAAGCUGUGUUUGAUAAGUGGACCGGAAGUGUGUUAUCGGGGAUGACGUUAUCGGAAUCCGUCAUGGCCGCGGCGUUUGAGUCAUUUCUCUCCAGGCGCGAUUUUUUCUCUCCCCCAAGUUCCCGAGAAAAAUGAAACGGUUUCUCUUUGUCUGA